UGGAGAGGGCGGCGGAGCCUGUGGCGGGGGACCAGACGGCGGCUUGAGCGGCGGCCGCAGCUGCAGCAGGACGGCCCGCCGGCGGCUCGGGGCCGGGCGCCGGGAACCUCACGGGGCGGGCGGGCGCCGCACCCGGGCCUGGCCGCCUGCACCCCGGGGAGGCCCCCUGCGCGCAACCGGACCAGCAGCAUGAGCAGCGGCUACAGCAGCCUCGAGGAGGACGCGGAGGACUUUUUCUUCACCGCCAGGACCUCCUUCUUCAGGAGAGCGCCUCCGGGCAAGUCCCGUUCGGGUCAGCCGGAUGUGGAGAAAGAGAAGGAAACGCACAAUUACCUCAGCAAAGAGGAAAUCAAAGAGAAAGUUCAUAAAUACAAUUCAGCCGUCACAGACAAGCUGAAGAUGACCUUAAAUUCCAACGGGAUCUACACUGGCUUCAUUAAGGUGCAGAUGGAACUCUGCAAACCUGCCCAGCCCCCUCCGGACCCCAGCAGCAGUGGCUGUAUGAACACGCUCCACAUCAGCAGUACGAACACCGUGGGGGAAGUGAUCGAGGCUCUACUCAAGAAGUUUCUGGUGACUGAGAGUCCCACCAAGUUUGCGCUUUAUAAGCGUUGUCACCGGGAAGACCAAGUGUAUGCCUGCAAGCUCUCCGACCGGGAACACCCGCUCUACCUGCGUUUGGUAGCAGGGCCCAGAACCGACACGCUUAGUUUUGUUCUUCGAGAGCAUGAAAUUGGAGAGUGGGAAGCCUUCAGCCUACCAGAGCUGCAGAACUUCUUGCGCAUCUUGGACAAGGAAGAGGCCGAGCAGCUGCAGAGCCUGAAGCGCCGCUACACAGCCUACAGACAGAAGCUGGAGGAAGCCCUGGGCGAGGGGUGGAAGCCCGGCUAAGGCAGAGGGCUCUCCCUGCCCGGAAGACACAGCUCCGGGACACACGAGAGCCGAGUUGGUUGAUUCUCUUCUCGGAGGGCUGUCUUCGCACCUGGCCACACUAGGGUCUUCCUCUUUUCUCUGUAGACACAGUUGUCAAAGCCUGGUCACGCAGCAUCCCGCGCCUCACAAGGGACUGGCACAAGGGACUCUGCAAGCUUGUUCUGUUUUGGCAUGGCGAUGUUACCUCUCGCAAGCUGUGAGCCUUUGGGCAGCAGGCGCAUCCCAGUGUGCUUGGAAGCCUCCGGGUUGAGGCUCCCUCCUUCUAGUUACUUUAGUGAUGUGAUUUUGGUAACCUUCAGGAUGCUAAGAUGAGCUUUAAGGCUUCACUAAGCAAUCACUAAGUCCAUGUCCUACGGUGAAAUUACCUGCUUGUUUUUGCUCUCUGUUAGAGCAGCCCACCCACCUGAACUGAAGGACACAGGAAUUUAGGAACUCUGGGGGAUUGGGAAAAGAUUUUGGAAGAGUUUUGACAAAGAAAGUAGAGAGCAAGUCGGGAAGGUAGAGGGAAGGUGAGGGCCCAGGGCUCGGGGAGGUGGCGCGGCUUCUAAGUUAGCGUUAGAGGAGAAAGGUGCAUUUGUCUGUAAAGGAGCUAAAAGCGUUCAAGGUCAAUGUUGAGCUUGGUUAAAGAUUGUUUAAUUUGCUAGUGGUAAAAUGGGGGGUCAGAGCCAAAGAGCCAGGAGCUAAGCCCAAACUGCAGCCGACCCGCAGUGGAUUUAACCUUGACGGAGGUGGUCCACAGGUCGGCGUGCCUCAGCUGGACCUGACCUGCGCUCUGUUCUGAGACCUGCUGGUUCUGAGACCUGCUGGCAUGGAGCGGAUAGCCUGGGGUUUAGCUUCUCUGUGUAGGUAGGGCCUGACCGUGUGCUGAUUCCUGUUAAUGUAGGUUCUUCCACCCCCACCCCCACAUGUAGAGGUUGCUCUCAGAGUUCAAAAGGAGUUUGGGUAAGGGCAGCUGCUUCCCCUCAGCUGUUAGCUAGAUGUGGCAAGGCCAGGGCUCACAGCACACUUUGUGACAAUCACCCUCUUCCCAUUUAUUGCAUCCUUCCUUUUCACUGUCCCCUCCCCCUGCUUCUCCCCUUCCCCACCUCCCAGCUCUAAUCACUCUUCAAAGUUGUUCUUACAGAAGACAGGGAUGUUGAUUAAAGGCGGGGUCCUACUGCAUCCUUGCCUCUUCAGAGACUUAACUAAGGGCCCCAAGGAAGGAAAGUCCACACCCAGCUGACUGCACAACAGUCAUUCAUUAUGGAGCUAUUCUAACACAAGCGAGCAUGUUCCUUCCAACCAAAGAGACGCAUGUGCAAUAGACAGGCACAAUGGCCUCACUUUCCACAGCAGCUUGCAAAACGGAGAGCCGAAGGAGUGUUCUGAUUCCGGAGGGGCCUUACGGUUGGUCUGUCUCUAGUCUAGAUAGGUUUUGUUGUUUAUAAAUUCCCAAGGAAUUGUUAACUCGGUGACACCCGAUGGAAUCGUUUGCAAAUUCCAAGGUGUUCCAGCUCUUUGCCUUUCUAUGAACCGUGCCUUCGAUGGGGAAUCUGUCCUUUCGAGGUGGCUCUCCUGACUUGUCAGAGAAUGUUGUCCCGUGGGAGGCAGAUCCAAGUGUGGGUUAUGCUCACGCAACACCCUGAGACAAUCGGAUCUUUUAAGCUAUUAGAAAGAGUUGG